AUGCUGCGCCGUUCCCUGGCAGUCCUCGGCAAAAAGGCCGCCCCCCCAUUCAAGUACGUCCCGCUCGUCCCGCACGUCUCGCACGACGAGACAAAGUUCCGCCUAUUGACGAAGGACUACGUGUCUCUGGUGCAGCCGGGCUCUGGCUUGCCGGAGAUCCUGCGGGUGGACGUGGAGGGGUUGACGCAACUCGCCGCGGAGGCCAUUGGCGACGUGCAGCACCUCCUUCGCCCCUCCCACCUCGCCUGCCUGCGGAAGAUCUUCGAUGACCCUGAGGCGAGCGACAAUGACCGUUUUGUGGCGCUGCAGCUUCUGAAGAACGCCAACAUCGCGGCGGGUCGCAUCCUUCCCGGGUGCCAAGACACGGGCACGGCGAUUGUUGCCGGCUACAAGGGCGAGCAGGUGUUCACAACCGGGGAUGACAGCGAGGCGCUGAGCCGUGGGGUGCACAAGGUUUUCACCACCACCAACCUGCGCUACAGCCAAAACGUCCCGCUCACCAUGUUUGAUGAGAAGAACACUGGGAGCAACCUGCCAGCCCAGAUCGACCUGUACGCGACAAAGGGGCAGGAGUACAACUUCAUGUUUGUGGCCAAGGGCGGGGGCUCGGCAAACAAGGCCUACCUGUUCCAGGAGACGAAGUCGGUGCUUAACCCCAAGUCCUUCCGUAAGUUCCUGGAGGAGAAAAUCUCCACCAUCGGCACCUCGGCCUGCCCGCCGUACCACAUGGCCGUCGUCGUGGGUGGCACAAGCGCGGAGAUGACCAUGAAGACGGUGAAGUACGCUUCUUGCAAGUACUACGACAACUUGCCCACGAAGCCGGACGAGUCAAAGGGGUACGCCUACCGCGACCUUGAGAUGGAGAGCGUCGUCAUGGAUAUCUGCCGCGACAUUGGGAUGGGGGCCCAGUUUGGGGGAAAGUACUUUGCGCAUGACGCGCGUGUAAUUCGUUUGCCUCGUCAUGGCGCAAGUUGUCCCAUCGGCAUCGGUGUAAGCUGCAGCGCCGAUCGCCAGGCACUCGCAAAGAUUAACAAGGACGGCAUCUGGCUGGAGCAACUAGAGACGGACCCCGCAAAGUACCUGCCCGAAGUGACGGAGGACCAGCUGCUCAAGACGCCACCCGUGAAGGUUGACCUAAACGUGCCCAUGGAGAAGAUUCGCGCCGAGUUGUCAAAGUACCCCGUCAAGACACGCCUCAGCUUGAGCGGCACCAUCAUCGUCGCCCGCGACAUUGCCCAUGCACGAAUGCGGGAAAUGCUGGCGGAGGGAAAGCCGUUGCCCGAGUACAUGAAGAAGCACCCAGUGUACUACGCAGGACCGGCGAAAUGCCCGGAAGGCCUGCCUUCUGGCUCCUUUGGCCCAACGACGGCGGGGCGCAUGGACGUAUUUGUGGACCUCUUCCAGGAGCACGGCGGCUCGUUUGUUAUGCUUGCGAAGGGUAACCGCAGUCGCCAGGUCACACAGGCGUGCAAGAAGCACGGCGGUUUCUACCUUGGCAGCAUCGGCGGCCCCGCCGCGGUCCUCGCCACGGAGUCCAUUCGCAAGGUGGAGGUGCUCGACAUGGAGGAGUUGGGGAUGGAGGCGGUGUGGAAGAUUGAGGUGGAGAACUUCCCUGCCUUCAUCGUCGUGGACGACAAGGGCAACGACUUCUUCCAGCAGCUCAAGUGA